AUGGAAUGGAUCUACCACAAAAAGGUUUCUAGCGGAACCUUACAAUUAGGUUGUUUUUUUUUACCAAAUAAAUAAUAAUAAUAUUUUUUUAGAUAAUUGUUUUGAAGUUUGGUUAAAAGAAAACGCUGAGAAGUCAAAUGAACGAAUAUCAAAAAAAUUAAACGACUCGUCUCUCUUUUUCGCCGAUAAACGCUCAAAUGUUGACGGUAAUUUAUUUGCGAAAUGUAUGAACCUGUGAGAAUUUUUUACAGCAGCUCAGCUCAUCAAAAGUCUGCGAGCACUUGAAAAUUCAUCGAGCAAAAGCCCAGUUCAACACGAAGGUGUAGAAGAUUUCACAAGGGCUGACUUUUUCUGUUGGUUCGUUUUUUCGUUUUUUAUUUUUUGAAGCAGUUCUCCGUUUUUUUUUUUCAGGAAAAGAAAUGCAAGUAUCGAGCCGAUCAAGAAGAUUUCUCCAGGUAAGUUACUCCAAAGUUUGCUUGACUUUCAUUUUAUUUUAUUUUUUCAUUCUUUUUAUCAGAAAAUCAUUAAGAUUGCUUCACACCAAGUGAGAUCAGUGGAAUGCACAGCAGCUUCGAACAGUUGGACGAUUUCAUGGAGAGAAAGUUUCUGACAAAACCUUUUCCUACUUCUGUCGCUAUAAAGAAGAUCCGCGAGAACAUGAGCAAAACGUCGACUCACGUGCUAUCAGACGUCUCAACGACAGGUGCGGUUCCCUCGAAAUUAAUUAUAUGUUUUGUUCGAAAAAAAAAAGACUUUUCGCGCAUAUCCUUUUCUCAGCAAGUUCAUUUAAUAUAGCCAGUUACGUUCCAGAGGUGGAAGAUUUGAGAAACCACUACGAUCUGUUUGGAUUCCACAAGAUGUUGGAGGACCUCGCCAUCUCAGGCAGUACAACUGUAGGCUGUCAGGCAGUUUCAAAAGAAACCUGCAAGUGAGCUCUUCCUCCUCCCAGACAUUUCCAAGGCUUUCUUCUCUACAGAUCUCUCUAUUCCUUCGCCGAUGACAUGCAAGGGCGGCUGACUCAAUGCGAUAGAUUCGUUGUGAAGUUGCCGUUUGUGAGAGGUUUUCAAACGUCGUUUUAGUUGUUUAUACCUUUUUUCAAUUGAGAUAAUACUUCGACUGGACCGUUCUCGAAUGUUUCAAGCACGGAGCAGGUGAAGAUUGUGAAGAUAAAAUCAAAAUUCAUCUCUCCCGAUGUGGCCAAAGAAGUUGCACAAAAGGUUUUUGUUUUUUUUUUUCUCUCAGACUCGAUUUGUAUUUCUCAGGUUGCCACAACGACUUCCGCAGCCGUUCGCAAAACCUUCUCUCUUGAUAAGGAGGUUUUUGCUUUCACAGAGCUUUUUAAACCUUUUUUCUUUCAAGUUAUGCAGAAAUUUACCAUAAUUUGAGGCUUUUCUUUGCUGGUCAAAUUUUUUUUUUUGAAAAGCCCUUUUCAGAACGGUAAAUUCCGAGACCUUGAGAUUUGUUUUGACAGUCCGUAAAGAAUAUAAAGAACGUAAUUCUCUUUUUGAUUUCCGCUUUUCAGAGUUUCGGAACGACGCAAACCGCCGCAGUCAUUCAGAAAACCUCUUCACUUGAUCAUAAGGUUUCCUUUCUGCUUUCUUUUCUGCUUAGAAAUCAGAAUUUCUUUUUAUGUGGUUAUUCGGUAAUUGAGAAAAGGAAAAAUGUUCAAAUAAGUUCCUUGAAAGGUAAGAAGUAAUAGGGUCAUUUUUAAAGUUUAUUUCAGGGUUGCUUUUGAUUUUGAAGAAUGUUUCCAUGUCUAUAUUCUUUUUGAACAAGAAUUCUUUUUUUUUUAACAAAGGGAUCUCAGAUUCGCGCUUCUAAUUAAAACUUUGACAAAUUCUAUUGCAAGGAUGAUGUCGAUAUUGUGUGGCGAACAAUGAAAAAUACGUACGAAAGCUUUUCCACCCUGUUUGUUUCCUCAAAGUCCAUAUUUUUGAAAGAAUCGAUUGAAAACCAGUAGCUUAGCUUUUUCAAAGUUGUUAUUAGGUCUAAGCAGUAUUUUUCAGCUUCCUUUUUUUUUCGUCAAUUCAUUUUUCAGAGCUCUCUGAACACGAAUGUCGAACGAGAAGGAUCUCAGUUGAAAAGGGCUCAAACCCACCAACAAUCUUUGAGGUUCCCCUCUCGAUUGUAUUUAUCCGAAAUUCCAUCUUUCGCAGUCCUUGCGCAAAAAAGAGGAAACUCGAGAACGGCUCGACGCUCGUGGCUCCGACUGCGGACGGGAACAAAAAGAAGAAAGUCGAGUGUCCAAGAGUAGCAGGUUAAUUCAAAACUUGGUUUUUGUUCGAGCUUCGAAUUGACUAUAAAUAUGACGAGAAAAUUUUCUUCUCCUCAGACAUCACGGGAUGAAGGAACUCGGAAAUAUUUUCAGGUGUGUCUUCCGUUGCGAAGAAAGCUCUGAUCGUCGAAUCUAGCGCGAUUAACGACGUGAUGUCUGUGAGUAUCGCAGAGUGAUAUUUGAUUUGCGUGGAUCAGAAUUUGGAGGCUCGAAGAAAGGAAAUGCUGGCGAAAAAGAAGAGAAAUGUACAAAACGCAGAUAAGAAGGUCUCUGAUGCGUCAUCAACUGUACGUUUUGCUUUUCUUUGUUGAUGGAAGCUUGCUGAUUUGAUUUCUUUCGAUUUUCUUUCAAUUUGAAGAUCCAAAUUCCAACCGAGGCUACAACACGCGGAACGAAAGAUUCUGUUCUCGUUUCAAAGAAAAAUGUCAGUGUGGAUAGAAGAAGCACCGAAGCGCCUCGAAAUGAUGGAAAAGUUCUUUCUUCCGGCCAACUUCCCGAAGUGGGCUUUUUUGUUGUUUUUUGUUUUUGUUUUUCACACACCUUCGAUUUUCUCUUUCUUGUGACAUUCAUGGAGAAAUUCAUUAAGAAAAUGUUCUGUGAAGUAUCAAAUUCCUGUCACUUUUCAAACUUUUCUCUUGAAGAAAGUUUUCCAUCUAGAUGUAAAAGGCCGAAGAUGUGUUUCUUUAAUGAAAAAACGAAUUGCUAAUAUAAAUUGGUUACGGUAUCAAAUUCACACUCAAAAAUGUUUGGUUCAAGAAUUUAAACGCCUAAUAUUUAAUCUGAGAUGGUUUGUUUAAGAUUUUUUUAAGGCCCCAUAGUUGCUCCUAUCUCUUCUUGACAUUAGAAAUUAUUUUUGCAAAGAUAUUUAAGAAUUUUUUAAGCAAUAUUGUUUCUUGCGCAAGUCUCAAUGGUCUCAAAAUUCUAUCAAGAAGAAAAUUUAGGCGCGAGAAGGUUCGCUUGAUUUGUCUGAAGAGGCGCUCAAAUCGAAAAACCCAGGAAUUCCGUUGCAACUCGACAGAAACCUCCCUUUCUCUAAACGUUACCAGUCACCUCAACGAGGUAAUUUUUCAUUUCUAAAUCAAUAAAAUUGACAUUUUUCUUCGAGUCAAGAUGAUCAUUUCAGAGGUCGCUCACAAGAAAGUUCAGCAACGAUCCGUCCGAUUUCUCUCGGAUCAAUCGGCCUCUUCCUCAAAAACUACUGCAACGAGUUCAACUGUAUUUGUAGAUAAGAAGAAGACGAUUAUUCGCAGGCAAGUCCUUCUCGACCGUCAAUUUCAAGAGAAAGUUCUAAAAUUUGAUUGAAGUCGUUUAUUUGGACAAUUAAAUCACAAUGGUUUACAAAAACAAAAAAACGAAUUAAACUGUAAUAUUAUUUUUAAAUAGAAUAUGCUGGGUCUAUAAUGAUCGUUUCGGUAAAAUAAAGCUUUCGAUAAAAACGAAAAUUUUAUUCUACUGAAGUUUAUGUCAAUUCAUGGAAGUUUUUUAGGAGAAGAGGAAAUUUACUGUUCUAGCUUUUUACAAGCUAGAAAACUUCCUAAGGUUCAUCUUGAACAAGAAAUUAUUCGAAAAAUUCAAGAAAUCCAAAAAAUAUAUCUUUCAAUAAUUGAUGUGUGAUCCGAAAUAUUUGAAAAACGGCGAAUCGAUUCAAUAGUUACAGGAAACUUCCGCAUCCGGGGACUAUCUUGACAGAGAAAUCAGCUGUCGCUCAAAAUUGCGGGGAAAAUGGUUUAAGCUCGGGACCAGUGUCCCGAGUGUCUUUCGUCGUGCCGCCUUCCAUUGACGCUUCCAAAUCCUCACUGAGUUUGUCUCACAAUUUUUUAUUUUUCAUAUCCACGUCUCACUUUUUUCUUCCUAAAAUUUCGACUUCGAUUCAGGUGAAAAAACAUGCUAGCCGUUUCUCGGUUUCAAAGAUUAUGACUUAGGUAAAACACGUGUCGAAUUUUUCUUAAUUUUUUUUCUUGUUUUUUGUUGAAACUUCAUAUAGACCAUUUGAAGAACGUAGUUUUAUUCGGUCUAUCUCUAUUUGUCCGUAUAUGAAAUUCUAGUUAUCUAAACGCGGCCAAUUUUUUCAAAUUAUUGAAUUGAAGUGUCUGAUAUCUUAACCGUAUGACCAGAGGCCGUAUGCAAUGAAGUAGAAAAGAUUUUUCUUCGCCAUCUUCUUGAAAAUCGAAAAUGACUUCGAGUAGUCUUCUUUUAAUAAAAUUGAUUUUCUCUAUAUGAAAGCUCUUAUAAAAUGUAAUCUCAUCAGAAAAAGUUGGAAUCAAUGAAUUACUAGCGGGUUCCGACCCUUUUCCAUUUUCAGAAAAACAGCGGAAAAUAAUUUUUCAUUUCAUUGCGUACGGUUUCACAGUAAAGUAGCUGAUAUGUGGAGAGCUUUUCAUUUGUUUCAGAUGUUCGGUCGGAUUUGACUCUGGAUCAGCUUCUCGACCUCUCGGUUGCCGGCAAAUCACAUGAGAAGAAGUCAGUCCCAACAGAUGGUGAGAGGUUUUUCCUUUGCCUGUGAAGAAAGAGUCGUAGAUCCCGAGAACCGGAUGAAGAAAGCAAAGAAAAUUAUCGCCAACGAUCUACAGCUGGCUCUUCGCGAGCCUAAGCAGUACACCUUCCAAGGCAUCACGGUUAGUUGGAGAUCUCGAACAUUUUGAUUUCCCAUCUUGGACAGGCCCGUCAGCAGAUUCAAGCGAACAUCGAAAAGUCGGCUUCAUUCGCCGGGGAAAUAGACCUGACUGCCCUGGAGCUCCAACUCGAAGGUUUUGCUUUUCACAAAAGAUCUGGGAACUGGAGAAUGUUUGCAGAGCAGAAAAAGAUUACCUACUGGACGAAGGAAAAGUACAACGAUCUCGUGAGAGAACUCCGAUUGCCCUACUUCCGUGCUCUCGGCUGCUUUUGGCCGGCUCUCACUCCGAAUGACGGCAUUUUAAGAGGCAACAGUCUCAAGUACCUUGUUUUCUUCUUCUUAUUGCCGUGUUAAAAACAAUGUACGCAAAAUGCAAAUACAUAUAUCUCUGACUAUCCAAAGUUUAGUUAUCUUUUUCUUUCUCUGACGGCUAUUUCACAUUUCGCGAAAUCACUUUGGACACAGCAUAAAGCACUGAGCUUUUUUUGGAAAGUAUAUUGUAACUGUUGAAUGAUAUCAAGACAUUAGUAACUGUUCCACUUUUCUGUUUUUUUUAAUGGUAAUGAUAUCAAAAAAUGAAUGGUUUUUAGGCAAAAAAUAAGAGCUUUGCAACCGAAAAAAUGACUCUUUUUUUUUAAAGAUAUAGUAGUAACUUUUAUUUUCUUUAUUUAUCAUAAAUAGUUACUGAAUAAAGGGAGAGCGGAUCGUCUCAUGUUUUUAUUCCAGGAUUGUUGCUGAACGGCUACUCGCAUGCAAGUCGCACAGCAGCUGGCGCGAAUCGAAACUAGUUCGUUUUAUUUUUCAUUUCUGAAAGUUUCUCAAUAGUUCUCAUCAAAUUUCCUCGUUCAGUUAUUGACGAGGCGGCGAGACAAACGAAAAGAAGAGUUCGUCGAGGCGCUCACCUAUUUCAAAACGGCAAAAAGCGACAAUACGAAUAAACUCGGAAGAUUCAAGAAUCGCGUGGGUUACUGUCGCGUAGCUUCUUCCCAGUCCAGGUAGAGCUUUCAUUAGUAUUAUUUCAAAAAUAAAAGCUCAUUAAAAAUUCUGGAUGGAUUUUUUUGAGUAACUUGAGGUCGCAUAUCAGAAAAAAACGUACAGUGACUUAAAAAAAUAUAUAUUAGCCAAGACUCUGAGAAACAAUGUUGAAAUGUUUUCUCAUUAUAUUAUGAAACUAGCACUCAGAAGGUUUUUUUAUGCCAGAAAAAAAGAAGUAUUCGAUUUUAAAAAAAUUUUUGAUUUUUUUGAUACUGAUUAAAUGAAUUUCUGUUGAUUAGUAAGUCCGGAAAAAAACCUGGAAAGGUAUAAACCACUUAAAUCGGAAUUUAGCUUCUGUAGCCAUUCCAUUCUUAUUAUGAACGUGGUGAAUGGGGAUUCGAGGUUAUUUAAUUCAAGUUUUUUUUUUACUUCUCUCUGCAAGGAUUCAGAAAACUAUAGUUUAUGUUAAUGAAACUCUAAUGCGACAUGAAACGUUCAAAAAAAAAACCUCGAAGCUUGCAAAAGCUUUGCAAAGCUUGUAAAUAUACUUGCGCUGCAAACAAAAAAACGGUUCAAAAUUAAUUUAUAUAUGCACUAGGCAAAUUUGGCUCCAAAAGCUCUCUUUUUCAUUACAUCACGAUUCUCAGAGAGGACGGAAAAGAGAAGAACGACAUGCGCCAAGAAGAGGAGCGAAAGCGAAUCCAGGGCUACGAAAAAGGUCUAGAAAAUGCGCGCCGCACCGAAGAUCCCGACUUGAUCCGUAUGGGCUAGAAGUUCUUCGAGUUCCUCUUUUCUUUUUUCAGGAGAAUGCAAGUCCAAAAUUAUGCAUCAUCAUGUUUCCUACAGUAACAUCGAUCACUACAGCGCGAAACGGAGAGAAGCCCGGGGCGCUGAAAAUCCAGGAAACCGCGAAGAUGUUGAGGUUUCCCGCUUUGGAAUCAAGUUCAUUUCUAGUGGUAGCGACUUCGUAUUCAAGUCAAACUAUAAUCACUCAUCCAUUUCCCGCCAACUGUUCACAAUGAUUGGUCGCCAGAAAAAUUUUUUUUUUGAACAAUAUUUUGAUGAAUGCACAGAGCAACUCAACAUUUUGAGGGCACUCGUGAAUGGUUCCACAUGAAAGACAGGUUCUAUUUUCGGGAGAGAAACUACGCAGUUGUCGAAGUCCUCAACGAGUGCAACGAACAAUACCUCGAUCGCAUGCCAGACGUAAGUCUUUUCUUGAUUCUCCUGUGUAGCUCGUGAUUGGGCAGAACCUUUUUGCCUUCGUAUGAAAACUAUCGAAAUUCGAUUUAACACUAAUGAAUUUGUGAAGGUUGUUACUAUGGCUGGGAGACGUUUUAGAUUGAUUUAUUACGAAAAAAAAGUUCAGGUGCGACUUGAGUUGUUCAAAGAAUGGGCUCUCACGCCGAUACUUGCUGCACUCAAACACCAGGUUCAAAAGUUUUUCUGUCCAUUUCUAUUUGGGUCAACUAAUAGUCGAAACGAAGCGAUAACGCGGAAAGACGUGCACCUUCUGCCAUCAGAAUGUCGGAUCGCUUCAAAAUUUACUCGACCAUGGUAUAUUUGUUGACAUUGACUUUCAAAGUAUGUAAAUUUGCAGAUUGGAGGGAAGACCCCUGGAAACCUCAACGACAUUAUCAAAACUUGCUCCAUCGAGCCCUAUGAAUAUCAUUUGCUGCCGAUAAUUUGGGACCAGCUUAGCUCUCACUUCAAAGCCGUCGGUUAGUCGAAAAUAGUCGGAAUUAUAUUGAAUGUUGUUCUACACUUUCAAUUUUUGUUGCACUAGGAAUGUUCAGUCAAAAGCCUGAGAUGUGAGAAAUAAGCUCAAGAUUUGAAUGAAGACAAUUUUGAAAAAAAUAAACAAGUAUUGAAAUAACUUUGCGAGUUCACAAACCCGAAGAAACCUGAAACCGUUUUGCAAUGGCACGCGUCGCAAAGUUUGUGUAUCAGUCCAUUUACGCAGUAAUUUCUUAUUUGCAUUUUGCUGUAUGUGCUGGUAUGGAUUUUCUCUACUGUAUAGAUUUUUUUAAAUCGUUUUAACCUUUGAAAUUGAAUUUUUCAGAGCCAAUGUCGGUCUGGCUUUCUCAUGACACAGACGGGCUCGAAGCUGUCAAGCAGUCUUACAGGCGAACAGUUCCUUCGCGUCGCUGA